AAGAGAGUGAUUAGAAAUGUGUUAAAAAAAGUGAAUGCAUCAUUUGGGGAGCAAUUUAAUAGACUGAGAGACUAUGCACACGAGUGUAUUAGGUCCAAUUUUGGGAGCACUGUGAUAGUAAAGACACAGAGGGUGACUGAAGACGGUCCAGAAGUAUUUAAGAGGAUGUAUGUAUGCUUUGGGGCACUGAAAAGAGGGUUUUUAGCAGGGUGUCGUAGGGUAAUUGGGCUUGAUGGAUGUUUUUUAAAAGGCAUGCUUAAAGGGGAGUUGUUGACUGCAAUUGGUAGGGACGCAAAUAAUGAAAUGUACCCUAUAGCUUGGGCUGUGGUAGAGAUAGAGAACACGGACUCUUGGAGAUGGUUUCUCGAUUUACUUAAGCAUGACCUUGACAUCAACAACACGCAUCAUUGGACUUUGAUGAGUGAUCAACAGAAAGGUUUGGUGAAUGUGAUCAAGGAGUUAUUUCCUAACUCUAAGCAGAGAAACUGUUGCAGACAUAUUCAUGCUAAUUGGAGUAAGAAGCACAGAGGCAAGGUGAUGAAAAAUCAUUUCUGGAUAUGUGCAAGGUGCACCACAGAAGCAGAUUUUCUUGAGCAAAUGAAUGCUCUUGGAAAGGUCAAUGAUGCAGCGAAAACUGAUUUAGAAGUGUACGAUCCCCGUCAAUGGUGCAAGGCAUU